AUGCACGCCGACCUGUCGGCGCUCGCGGAGCUGCAGGCACUCGGCUACGCUGUCGUCUGCUGGACCACCGAGGCGGGCGGCGGUAGUGUGCCAAAACCUGCGAAGCCGUUUCCGCCGCUCAGACCGCACAGGCCGCCGGGCGGCGGCGGCGGUGGCGACGCCGCUCUCUCAUCCUUCACGCGGCCGGUGCACGAGUGCAGCCGGCUGACGGUGAGUCUGGAGGAGGAGAGCCACGCGUUUGCGCUCGCGGGCGCGCGCGAGGCGCUUCGGUCGUACGACGUCGUCGCCGUCGCGCCCGGCUCGGAGGCGGUGCUCGAACGCGUGCUCACUUCGCCCGCGCGCGAGCUCAUCGACCUGGUGUGCCUCCCGUCUGCGCACGCGCCGCCCUUUUCGCUGCGCCCGCACGCGGCUCGGAGGGUCCUCGCCGCGGGCCUCCAGCUCGAGCUCUGCUACUCCGCCGCCUUGCGCGACGCCGCGUCGCGCCGCCACUUCUUCGCGAACCUGCGCGCCUGCCUCGAGGCGCUGCCCGGCGCGGCGCGCAAGCGCGGCGCGGCCGGGCUGGUCCUCUCGUCCGGCGCCGACGAGCCGCGCCUGCUCCGCGAGCCGCGAGACGUCGCCUCCCUCGUCUCGCUCGUCGGGGCAGGCCCGCUCGCCGGCCGCGCCGCGCUCGCCGUCAACCCAUUCCGCGCGCUCGAGCGGGCCGCGAGGCGCCAGUACCCGCCGCCGCUCGCGCCGCCGCCGCCGCAUGGACUCUGCUCCAUCGGUCUCGUCCCCACGCGCGCCGCCGCCGCCGUCGCCGCCGCCUCCGCUGGCGGAGGCGCGAGUGGCGCUGGCGGCGAGCAGCAGCACCAUCACCACCAAAAGAAGAAGCGGCGGAGAUGA